AUGAAAGGCCCUAAUGAGGAAGUCAAGUACGGGCUAUGUGCUUUGGAGAUUCUUCACGUUAUCUCCUUCGAGCUCGUCCUCGAGAGCUACGCUGCAGACGGCGAAGUCGCAUCGCAAAAGGACAAUCUCAGCGGGAAUUUCCCCAGGGAGUCAGUGCUACCUCGACUCCGCUACUCUAAGCAUCGCACUCCAUGCAGAGAACCCGACCCAUGCGCGAUGUAUCCUCAGGGGUUUCCGACCCCUGCCCCUGCCGUACCCUGCAACACAGCAUCUGCAAGGCCCCUCCAUCCGAGAACCCGGUCGAUGCUUCACCCAGGGAUGCACCAGUCAGUGGAUACUGCAUUGGCCACGUUGGGCACGGUUCUCCUUCAAUCAACCCCUCCCCCCCCGGUUACAAUCCAUCGCAUCUUCCCACCCACGCACAUCACAACCCAACCUUCCAACACUCCCAAUCCUCGUUCGAAUCGAAUGGAACUGAAUCCAAAAUAA